UUGGCAUGUUUUGGGGGAGCGUUGGGAAGGGUGAUCGGCCGAGGGUGUACAAGAGUCGCUAAUUAAAAUUCUUAAGGACCAACUAUAAACGCACUGGGGGUUUUCAUCUUUUUGGCGGUACUCGGAAGCACCUUCUCUAUACACAUUUCUCAAAGCAAAAACACAGAACACACACUGCACCCAGACAGAUAUGGAGGAGGACGAGGGGAUAGGGGUGGUCCUGGCUCGAGCCUCCGAGCUCCGAUCAAAGAUCACCAACUGCCUCCGCAAGGAAACGGCCGCUCCACCCACAACCCACAGUUCAGCGUCACCGGAAGAGGUGCACGAAGCUGAUGCAGACGGAGCUACCGACCCAUCUCCUUCAUGCUCUCGAUUUCUGCUCCAAGUCGGUGAAGCAGGCGAUGAAGAAGCCGAGAGCCUCUUCAACAUUCGGGAUGCCCUCGAGUCCCUCGAAUCCCAGCUCUCCUCCUUGCAGGACCUGCAACAGCAGCAACGAUAUGAAAGGGAAGCUGCCCUAGCUGAGAUUGAUUACAGCCGAAAGAUAUUACUAAAUAAGCUCAAGGAAUACAAAGGUGAGGACUUGGAAGUGAUACAUGAGGCUUCUGCUUUUGCCAGUGAAACAGUGGAGCACAAUAAUGAUCUGUUGCUUCCACCGUAUCCAAGCCGCCCUCCGCAGUCCUUAAUGCUAGACAAUGGUUUUCUGCCACACUUCUCUUCUGUGCGUAAGUUUGUGCGAAAUGGAAUCAUGAGUGGUGAUCCAACAAAUGAUGCAAAGAAGAGUUCAAGUGAAUUGGAGAGCAAUGAAAUGCAAACUGCAUCCAGGAACUUAUGGAAAGGAUUUGGACAUUUUGUUGCCAUCACAGCCAAGACAGCGGUUACCCUUGUCGGUGUUGUAUCUGUUCUGAACUUGGCUGGUUUUCAGCCUCAUCUCAGGACAAGGGAUACCCAUAUCAAGGUUUUGGGCCUAUUUCCACAGCCAGCGACUGAAGAGAAGAAGACAUCAACAACUGAAUGUCCUCCCGGGAAAGUCCUCGUGGUGGAAGAUGGGGAAGCUCGAUGCCUUGUGAAAGAAAGAGUUGAAAUCCCAUUCGAGUCCAUUCAUGCUAAACCGGAUGUAAAUUAUGGGUGUGGAUAGAGCUUGAACUUGGGAGGGUGUUUGUUCUCAAUUUUCUUUUGUAUAACUUGUUCUCUGUGAUGUAGCAUCAUUGAAUAUUUUUUUCCCUUUUCCAGUCGAAGGUUUCUGGUCAUUAUGCAUUUGUAAUUACUGAUCUAUAUGCUGAAAGUUUAAUUUGAGUGUUUAUAUUGAGUGAUUA